UCUCUAUUGAGAAAGAGAAACACUUAUUAUAUGCAGAGAGAGAGAGAGAGAGAGAGAGCAGAGAAGCAUGAAAAAUAUGUGGGGAUGAAGUGAAAAAGUGAAGAAAUAAUGGGUAUAUAAAUGACGGCUGAGCAGCACACUAUGCCCAACAACAAUGCCAUUGCUAAUACCAACACUACAAUCCAAAACCAAAACCAAACCCAAACCCAACAACAACAUCAACAAGAAUUAGUAUUGGCUAAUACUGAUACUAAUAAGCACCCAAUGUUCCAUGACUUUCUGGGCAUGAAAAAGCCCACCGAUUCCCAAGUGGGUUUUCCCCACAAAGCCACGGCGGCCGCCGACUCUCCUCAGGCAUCGGCUUCUCUUGGUGCUUCCUCCGGUGGUCCCCGUGGACCCAUCUCCACCACCUCUGAUCUGGGUUCCGUAGAAAGACAGGUUGUAAAGGGGAUUCCUUUAUAUAGUACAAGGAGUGAUAAUUCUGGGCCUGAGAUGAGUAACAGGAUAGCAGGAAGUAAGCGAAGUAAUCAUGAUUCUGCUUUUAUGGCUUCAUCCAGAGAUGGGGUUUUUAACUUGGAUCAUGAUUCCAUCGAGAACUCUCAUUUGAUGAAGUUACUCCGAAAUGGUGCUGGGGGAGAGCGACAUAGAAGGUCCAAUGAUGAUGAAAUGUUCUUUGGUAUGCAUCCACUAAGGCCAAGUUCUACUUCUCUUGCAUUUCAGCCUCCCACCAGCAGUAGGAUUGAUGGUAAUGUUUCCAAGUGGGAACGGCCUAUUUCUAUGAAUGUUGGCUCCGCAGUACAGUACCCUCCACGUGGGGGUCAAUUUGCACCUAUCCUGCAUCAGGUACCUUCAAACAGAUUCAGGGAUGCCAAUGCCGGUCCUUCAACUAUCUCUCAAUCAGCGGCUGAUGAGGGAUCUAGAACUGGAAUUAAAGGCCCUGGAAUUUUGAGUUCCAUCAAUGCCUCUGGUGGCGCCUCUGAGAGAAACUCAUCUGGCAUGCAGCCAAUUGGCAACAGACAGAAGUCUGGGACUAAUGUUUUAGAGCCAGAAUCUUCUACUCCUCCUAGUAGACUUGGCUUAACAUCUCCUAGUCGUCAGAUGACUAUAUUUUAUGGCGGCCAAGCUCAUGUUUUUGACGAUGUCCAUCCCAACAAGUGGCAUUUUACCAGGAGCUCCUUUGCUAAAUCUGUGAGCCUGCAGACCAGAAAUGCAUAACUUAGUCUAUAAACUACAAUGCAAAGCUUUUUCGGAGUUAUUAGAGAUGUAUGUGGGGCUAUUCUCAAAAUGGUCGACACAAAUGCUCAUAUAAAAUUAAAAAUAAUGUUAGUCUUGCAUUUAGAUUCAUAAGAGUGUUGGACUUUUCAGGCCUUCACUUGUAAUGAUGGAAAUUGUUGUUAAACCGCUCAACAUCUUGGUAUGGUUUUAGUAAGAUCCAACAUUACCUCGCUCAUGGAUUGUUAUGAUAUCCAGAGAUUUGCAAUAUGCCAAAAGUAUUCUGUUGUUCAAAGGCUUGUAUGAUAUGAAACAAUCAUGUCAAACACUCCAAAACAAGUUUGUUGUGUGCUGAAGUAACAUCAUGUUCAUGCUCAUGCUGCAAUAAAACCUGAGCCCAUUGGGUCAAAUCAGUUCAGGAAAUUAUUUGUUGAUCUCUCUUUGACAUAUCCUCUACGUCCAAUAUUAAACCUGGAACUUUCAGUAAAAAGUCUCUUGUUGUCCUUGUGUGUUUCAUAACCACUCAAAGGGCCUUCUACUCAGUUGUUUUGAUGGAAAAAAAAAAGGCUUGCAUUUCCUGGAUUGAAUUCCCAGGUGUUAAUGGACCAAUUUCCAUCUUUUACAUUGUAGGCACCCCCAUAAAGUUCAAGGCUAGAGGACAUAAACUUUCAUUACGUGUGCCUCUGUCACUGAUUUAGGAUUCAUGAGGUCAUGUUAUCCGUGCUUUUGUUCCUUCAUUGUUGUGAGGCCUCAGCUGUUGCCUGUUGCUACAGCUGUUGCCCGUUGCUAGGGAUUCACUACCCAAUACUGACACUGCAUGUCUGACCAUAAAACUUAUGGUUCAGCUUUAUAGAUAUAUGUUUAUCUGGAAGAUGAGAAAUUUUAUUGAAAAUGACAUUCUCAAUUGAACAACUACUGCCUUGAGGUCUUCAAUAUGCUCUCAUUAGGAGUCGAUGGAAUUGCUUUGCACUCUUCUUGUACUCUUGAUUUGUCUGAUCCUCCUCUAUUGCUAGAUUGUCCUCAUGAAAGUCUUCAAUUUAGUAGUUCUACUCAUGAUAUUUAUUGUGACCAUAGUUUUAGCCCUCCAUUGGUUCAGGCAUAUCAUGCUUUCUUAAAUGUAUUUGUAGUUAUUCACUGAAGUGUGAAUUAUGCAAAGUUGCAGAGGUUAUACUGUGUGGCUCCAUUGGGAAUUACGUCCAUUUCUUCCUCUUUUGGAUACUGCUAGUUUAUGAUUUUGCUGAUGACUACAAUUCUUUAUGUUCGCCUUUUAAAUUUGAUUUCUGUCAUAAUAUAGAGGGUAUCAGUCAGAUGAAAUGUGAGAUUUUGAUGUUUUUAUAAUGGUGUCAAGUAUAUAUGUGUUAGCCUAGCUUGUUAUUUCUUAUAAAUUGCUUUUGAACAUCAAAGAUCUUGUUGUAGAAUCAGAAGAUUAUGGAGCUUUUAAGAAAAAAAAAACCUAGCACCUUCUUGAGGUUUCAUGACCUUUAAUAUAGUACCAACUAAAGCCCUCAAUCAGUGCCACUUCAUAGAGAAUUUGCAAUAUUAUGUUCUCUGUGUACCCAGAAAUUAAAUACUGCAAUGAACAUUUAGUCCACUUCUCAAGAAAGAGCUGAAUUUAAAGCUAGCAAAACUAAGUUUGGGGAACUUUUCAAUACUAUGGAUAUCUGGUACAUGCUUCUUGGUUUCCUAGGGAGUUUAGGUAGUCCUGUAAUGUCAUUGAAUUUUUAUACAGAAUACAAUACCUGAAAUAAUUAAAUGUACAUGACAUUUCAUGAUCACUGUUUGCUUUC